AUGAAGGUAGUUUUAUUCGGAUCAAGAGGUAACGUUACCAAGCCACUUACGCAAAUUUUACUGUCAAAGGGCGUUGACACAACAGUGAUCACACGGUCAGCAGAAAACGGGAAAGCAAUCGAGACAGACGGCGCCAAAGCUGCUGUUGGAUCCACCGAAGAUGUCGAAUUCUUGACCAAGACGUUCCAGGGCGCUGAUGCCGUUUUUAUUCUGGUUCCUGCAAACCUUUUUUUGCCAAAUACAUUGGAGAAUAUGGCUUCUGUAUGCACAAAAGCGUGUGAUGCCAUAUUGAGUGCUGGGGUUCCAAAUGUUGUUUACCUGAGCUCUGUUGGCGCUUUCAAUCCAAAAAUCGGUUUCCACUACCAGAAUGAGCAAAUUUUGAAGAGAAAGCUUUCUGGUGUCCCUAGUGUUUCUUUGGUUAGACCAACUGGAUUCUUCACAAACUUUUACCAUAACAUCGGAACCAUAAAAAAGGACAACGCGGUUUACUUCAACGUAGAAAGAGAAACGGUCGAGUCGUAUGUCCAUCCGGCAGAUAUUGCUCAGGCAUGCGCAGACUUGAUCCUCACUCCUCCUACAGAUGAGAAGUUCAAGAUGAUCUACGUUGAGAGCGAUCAUGCCAAGGCGGCAGAUAUCGAGAAGAUGAUUCAUGAUGCCUUGAAUAUUGAUGUUAAAUGGGUUACCGUGUCAGAUGAAGCUGCAUUGCAAGGCGCCACCAGCAUUGGUUUACCGAAGGAAAACGCCGAGUUACUCACCAAUCUUUACUCUAAGGUAUAUCAAGGUGAAAUGCUGGACGACAUCAAGAAGCAUGGUUCGGUUAUUGGUACACACAAACUUGCCGAUUUCUUCAAGACAGACUUCGCAGCUCAGUUUUCUAAAUGA